CUUUACUGGUACGGCAGCUACCACAUUCUCACCAACUUGAUCCGACCUUGAACCAUAGCUAACUGUUAUCUACGGCUAACAGAUAGUCUCAGCUUUCACCGCUUGGGAAGCUUAAAGACAUGGUUACAACCACUUUCUUCUCCCGCGCUCGCAGGUCGGCGGUGCAUGCGCCAAACAAGAUACGCGGCUUCCUUGCUUUACCCGGAGAGAUCAGAAACCAGAUUUACAACUACUACUUUGAGUCGGAGCGCCGCUGUGAGAUUGUCGGUAAUGGAGCCCAAUUUACACAGCGAUCGCCGCAAACCAUCAAGCUGUCAUUGAAUCUUGCUCUUGCGAAAGAUACCACUCCGGCGCAUAAAUCUGAGGCAAAUAUUAUUCCUCCUACCGCGGUCCGCUUCCCAAGACCACUUGGUAAGUACAAUGCUGUCCGGGGAUUAUGCACGAAUUGGCAGGGUUCGCUGCAUGCCCUGAGUCUUGUAUGCAAGCAAAUCUACUCGGAGACAGCAACCUUCCUAUACCAGAAGACAGUCUUUGUGUUCAACGCGCCAAAGCGCAUGGUCAAUUUCUUCAGAUUCGCCUCCAGCGUUGGAAUUGAGAACAUCACCAAAUUGCAUCUCCACUACAACACCUAUGGUCACCCUCAUAGAACCGAUUUCCGAAUCUGGCAAGAAAAGCACAGCCAGAGUUGGCAGCGAGCUUGUAAGACCGCCUCGAGGAAGCUCACAAGUCUACACGAGCUUGAGGUCUGGAUGAAAGUUCACGAAGCCGCUCCGAAGCUCAGCCUGCGUGAAAAAUGGUUGAGGCCUUUGCUCCAGUUUCGGCGGUUGGCAUGUCCCAAAGAACUGGCGAGUGGAAAGACAGCGUCAACCCAACCUGUACAUUGUCAGUCGGGACUUCAAAUCGCCAAGGUGCAUGUUGAGACACAUUGGACCAAGAAUGUUGAGCUUUACUGGGCUGAUAACAGAAGGCUGGUAGAAGCAAGUAAGGAUCUGCACCAGCUCUUCGGACAGGCUGUCGGAUCAGCUAUCAUUGGCUCGACAGAACAGGCGGCAAUGGCUGGGUUCAAUGCAGCAUGGAGGGAGAAACAUGCAGAGUGGAGAAAUCAUCUUCCACUGGUUCGAGGAGCAUGACGAGUAUUGUUUCGAGACCAUGGGCGCAUUAGACAUUCAAAGGAUCGGCCCAAGAGACAUCAAUACUGUUUAAGUGAGUACGAUGUAUGCCACUCGCUAUUGUGAAGACGCAUUAUGCUCAUGCAAAUGAUAUGCUCAGACUAGCAUCUGUCGACAUCAUUCCGACUGUCCUCCUCAUUUUUGAGUCUAUGUGUCUACCCGAUUCUAUGUUUCUAAUUGAUGGAAGACUCCUAAG